AAAGCUAGGCGGGUGGGUCCGGGGGAUGGCGGCGAGGGGUCGCGGGACGUGCCCGCAGCCGGCUCGCUGGGUUCGGGGCGCCACGCGGAGGUGCGGCUGCACCUCGGGAAGGAGGCGGCGGCGGCGGAGCCCAGAGACUCGGCGUCCACCAGCCGGGGCUCCCUACUCACGCUGCACCGCGAGGAGGCGGCGGCGGAGGAGGAGGAGGCGGCGCCCGGCCGGCCCCCGCCCAGAGCCCGGCGGCCGCCGAGUGGCCGCUCGCGUCCCCGCAGGACCCGCCUCCUCCGCUCCGCAAAGCCGCGCUCAGGGCGCGCCGCGCUCGGCACAGCAGCUCAACCGGCCCCGCGCCGGCGUCCGCAGCAGCAGCAACAGCAGCAGCAACGGGCGGGGUGCAACCCGGGGCGGGGUCCGGGGACACCGGUCCGCAGACGCGGAGCUCAAGGGGCAACGGCCAGCUCCGGGGCAGGGGCCCGGUGUGCACCGGGUGACCCGCGAGACCGCCCGAGCAGGCAAGGGGGGAGGAGGGCGCUCACCCGUUCCGGUCCGACGCUCCCUUCUUCUCCACACCUCCACGCCUCCCGCUCCACGCUGGCAGCGCAGCUGCUCCCGCUGCCUCUGCCACCGCUGCGGAUGCUCGCGCGGCCGCCGCUGCCGCCUUGGCUGGGCGCGGUCACGUGACGCGGCCCGCGGGGAGCCUGAGGGCGGGCGGGCGGGCGCGCGCGCGCGCACGAGCGGAGGUAGCGCCGCUCGGACCGGGACUGGCGCUUCCCGGAGAGGGCGUUUAAGGGGAGGAUCCGGCGAGCGCGGCCCCGCCUGGCGAGCGCGCGCCCGGGGUGGGGUGAGGCGGCGGGGAUCAGAACUUGCAGCGCGCGGUGUGGAAAGGGUGGCCUGUAGUGCGGGGCGGGCGACUCGCGCCUCCGCGCGCCCCUCCCUCUCUUCCUUCCCUGCGCGCCGGGCUCCCGGCUGCCCCCGCCCCCUCCUGCGCUGUCGCCCCCUCCCUUCCCCUCCUGCGGCGGCUUCCGAUUGGCCGUCGGGGCUCUGACGUCUGUGUUUCCAUGACGUGUCGGGGCCGGGGAGGGCCGCGGGAGGGGGCGGCGGGGGAGGAGGGGGCGGUGACUCCGUCCGUCACCGCCGGUGCCUGGGCGCGCGGCCCGGCGGCUCCUGCAACGUGAGGAAGCCGGAGAGCGACGAGUGCCGCCGCAGUGGGACGCCCUUCACUUGGGGUCCCGCUCGAGUCGCCCCCGGGUGGAGGCGAUGCCGGGUCACGGGACGGGAGAGCGGCUCGGCGCCCACUCCCUAGCGGACCUGUCUCCUGUCCCGGACGGUGACGCACUCGCCCGACAGCCAAAGUGCCUUCCCUUUUGGGAAGAGAGCCCACUCGCCCUGUAGGCGCGCUGGCCCGGCCACCGACACCGGGGAUCCCCGCUGCAGCGCCCAAACCGUGUCCUCUAGCCGGUGCAAGCAGGCCUCGCAAGGUCCGCUUGAAGUCCUCGUGUUUCUCUUUUGGGUUUGCUGCUGCGGCUGCUGCUUUUUUUUUUUUUUUUUUUUUUUUUUUUCCUACCUGUGGCGAGCUAGUGGGUCUUUAAUUCAUAAUACUUAAAUCCUGCCCUCAUCUUUCCCGAGGAGAAAGGAACAAGAAAAAAAAAAAAAAUCAUGCAGAGUACCGUGCAGUAUUUAGACGGUAAAAGGUAGCCGACUCUGGUCCAACCAGUUCAAAAGAAAACCGCUCAUGAUUACUUCUACUUUAAAAAAGGAUAUUCUUGACUGUAUCCACACAUUUAAAGAUGUGUAUCCUGUCCCAUCUUUCUGUAAUCUCUGCUUGAACUAAAGGUUCCCCCUUCCCCCGAACAAUUUAGACCUUAUCCGUGUUAUUUUCAGCAUCACUUAGCUUGAGAAAAAAACAUCAAAAAAAGUGAUCUGUAAGUGUUUUGUUUUGCUUUUUUCAACCCUGAAUUGGAAGAAUUGGUAGUUUCAUAGUCUUCUCCAAAGCACACCGGUAAGACAAGUACUGCAUUAUGUAUGUUCCCUGUCGGGUAGCAUUUGUUUUAAAAUAAUAUAAAGGCUUGAAAAGAAAAUACUUGAGUUUAAAAGCAAAUUUUCCAUGAUAAAACUGCUGAAAAUAAUUUUUCCAUUUAUAUCUUCCACCAGGGUAGACAUUACCAACCUCUGAGCUGUGCCCUUGACAUGUAAAACUGGCACUGGGUAUUUCUCUCUCUCUGUUUAUCACAGAGAAUUGGUUGAUGUGAUACAAUAAAUAGCCCUUCCUGCUACUAUUUCAAAUCUACAAUUAGAAAAACAAAUUAAUUAAAUUUCAUUUAGGUAAUUUCCAGUAUUUUCUCACCCCGAAGUAUCUUUUAGAAUAACGCAGACACAUUUAUGAACUCUUGGCUACUUCCCCGCUUUUCUCCAAGGAAGUCCCCAUAGAAAAUUGAAUUAUGCAUUCUAUUUUAAUCAAGAAUUUGACAUUAAAGUAUUAAGUGAAUCAUUGCAUGCUGCACCAGCAAAACCCAUAAUAGACUAAACUAGAAUCUGUUCACUUUGUGGGUUUGCUGUAAUUCUAACUCAUAAGAUGCAUGUUGUAGAGUAUAUGCUCACGAAAAAUCACCGAAACUCCUUACUAUAGAGCAUGAUUGCAGUGAAAUUUUUAUUGGUAUCCAAAGAUGUACCCACAAGUGAAAACAUGCAUGUCCCAGAACAUAGUUGUGUGCACUUCAUGUGAGUUGCAUAUAUGAUAAACUCGCUCUCAGAUAGCCAGGGUAAUUGUACUGUAUAUUUGAUUUGUGUGUUUUUAUGCUUCAGAUACAAAAUUAAAGCUGAAACCAGUAUAGAAGCAGCUGAGCUUUAGGAAGUUCAAUUCCCCCCUCCUGCAGGGCUUCAUCCUAAAACCUCCCCAAAUGACAUACUUUUCGGUGUAAAACUGCUGAGUUGCUUAAUUAGGGUUUCUUAUUUUCCUCUGGUGCAAGAGAUGAGACUGAAGCCUCAUGGUGUCCAGCAAGUCCAUGGGGUCCUGGGCUAGUGCUCACCCUUCAGCACUUUUCCUUAGAAAAUAUGGAGCUGCCUGAACUCAGAAAUGCCCCUGUGUAUUAUAUGAGCGCAUCAUCUUCAUCUUGGACUUAAUUUAUCCCAUGGAUUAAUUGAUCUGGAGAUAUAGUAGUAUACAUUAAAAGCAACACAAGACAAUUUUCUAUUAAAUAAUAGGGUAGUUUUGUAAAUGUGUUUUCAGAUACAGAAGUGACUGUUUUUGAUGUUAUAUUGAAGAGGCAAUAACAUAUUUGGCAAUUUUCAUAGGUGCAGUCCUUUCCUUCCUUAUAAUGGUAUAAUUGUAUUGACAUCUCUCUGGUCAAUUGAUUAGUUCAAGCUGUGUAACUCAUGCAGAAAGUCCUCAAUGUAACUAAAUGUGAAGAGAAACAUUAGGCUCUUUAUUCUCUUCAGGGUCCCAGUGUAGCAUGAUUUCAUACUUCCAUAAUCCCAGCACUCAGGAGGCAAAGACCAGGAGGAUAGAGAAUUCCAGGUUAUGUUAACUGUCUAUGGAAAACACAAAGGGGGAAAUACACAGGAAGAGCCAUUUACCCUCCUGCCUUCAUCCCACAGUUCAUGGUCUCCAUUGCUCUAUCGGUGGCUCUCAGCCUUCCUAUGACUGUGGUGAAGCCCAACCAUAACAUGAUUUUGUUGCUGCUUUGCAACUGAAGUUUGCUGAUUGUGAAUCAUAAUGCAAGUGUCUGAUAGGCAAGCGCUUUGAUAUGAGACCUCAAAAGGGUUAUGACCCAUAUGUUGAGAACCUCUGCUUUAAGCCAUGUUGAAGCACGACGUCCUAGUGGGAAGUCUAUGCUAGAGCAAAGCUCUUUGCUUCCUGGUGGCUGGAGGAGAGGUAGCAUAGGGUGGAAGGAAGACAAGAGAGAAGAAGGCAGGCCAGGAACCGAGAUCCAGCCUUCAGAGAUGCUCUGCUUCCCUGGUGCCUUUCUCCCUCUGGGUAGGCCUGACUUUAUUAUAGCCCAGUCAUCUACAGACACAUUAAUGGAUUUAUUCACUGAUGACUUGAGAGUGUUCACGAUCUAGUCACCCUUGAGUACAGUUGUCGGACCAAGCCUUCAGCACAAGAGCCUUUGGAAAUCCUGCACGUUGUAGCCCCACUUCAGAAGUUUAGAAUAGGGCUGGCGAGAUGGCUCAGCGGUAAAGAGCAUUGACUAUUCUUCUAGAGGUCCUGAGUUCAAUUCCCAGCAACCACAUGGUGGCUCACAACCAUCUGAAAUGGGGUCUGAUGUCCCCUUCUGGUGUGUCUGAAGAGACACAUAUACAUGAAUUAAAUAAAAUAAAUAUUUUUUAAAGAAGAAGAAGAGGAAGAGGAAGAGGAAAAAGAAGAAGAAGAAGAAGAAGAAGAAGAAGAAGAAGAAGAAGAAGAAGAAGAAGAAGAAGAAGUAGUAGUAGUAGUUGUUGUUGUUGUUGUUGUUGUUGUUGAGAGGUAAAUGGUGAUAUGUUGCAGCAGCUGAACAUGGACAUCCAGAAUACAGGUCCAUCUCUUUCUGCCCUACCAUCAUCUCUGAUACCAUCUCUAUCACCAGGAAGAUUCUGUUAGCUUAUUUUCCAUGUAAUUUUUAAAAUGGUUUUGAUUCUGUUCUUGUUUUUGUCUCCUUUGUACAUGUCCUUUCAAGAAGAGCCAUAGUAAAGAAUUACCUUGGUGAGCAAUGCA